AGUGACAGAGACAGAUUUGCUCGAAUAUUACAAACUUAGAUUUUCGCGGUUAUAGCCCUUGCAACGUGAAUGAAACCCGCAUUAGACAAGCUAAUAUCGCCGUUCGCGUAUCUACCCGUGGUACUCGCGCCUUAGCAACAAGUAUUUUAAUAUGUCGCCAUAGGGAAUUAGGGACCUGAACCUCAGUCGGUGAGGACAAGUGGUUACUGAAACACGACUGCGAUCUGUGUCUCGAAGAGUGUAAAUAUACUCAAACCAACAUGACUUCGGACAGAAGUAAAAAUGAUGUUAAAACAUUAUUUCUUAUUUCAAACUCUGUUGUGUUUGCAUUUGGUUGGUCGGUUUUUGCUUCUGGAGUGGGAUCUAUAGUAAUUAUGGGAGUUAGUUUAGCUAACGUUGUGGAAGCAGUUAUAGGAAUUUUCAUCGUACUGGUGGCCAUGGGUGGAUAUGGUGGGGCUUGUGGGGAGCACAGGAAAUCACUUGAAAACUACUCCGGGAUGAUGGGAGCGCUUGCAGUGUAUGGGAUUGUACAGUUAGUGAGGAACAAACCGGCGGCGCGUGCGGCAGAGCACUACAACGACGACUUGUCAGAUGCUGAGGCAGGAUUUAUUGGGCUUAUUUUCGCCGUUAUCAUGGCGCUGGUGUGCGCGUUUGUGGGAUGCGCGCUGUCGGAGUUUUUCCCCAAGGAGGUGAAGGAAGCUAACAUCCCUCAAAAGGAUGAACCUACAGAAGUGUAAAAUGUUGCAAAUGCCGUAGUGUAAUGCAAAUUAAAUGUAAUUAAUCCAUUAUCAUUGACGUGAGUAGAUGCCAAACCUGCAUAGAAAAGCAUUACGUAAAAUUUGUGCCAUUUGUAACCAAAAGCGUUAUUAUUACCGGGUGUUAAGAAGGCGCUUUUCUGCCAUAUUAUAGACUCCAUUAGAAAUAUGACGUAGAAUAUUAAUCAUAAAACAGAACCUAUAGUUUAAGUAGAUAUUAAUAAGAUUUGUAUUUGAUUUGAUUUGUUUUUCAAGUUUUAGCUUUUAGUUAUAAUAAAAUUAUUUUUAAUA